GUGGGAAGACACUGCGUAAACAUCUCUGAGGUAGCCUCAAAUCUGAAUUGAAAUCAAAUUAAUUGCCUCUCAUUUAUAAGUGAAUUAGAUGAGAUUCCUCAUGAUGUUUUCUUUCCCCCAUCUUAGUAUAUAUAGUGAUCAUGUGAGUACUAGCUAGAAAGGCAAAUUGCUAGACUGAGUUGCACAUUCAAUUGCUAGCCAUCAGAAGAAAAAUGGCUGCCUCUCCUUUAAACUCCAAAAGCCAUUUCCAUGUCCGCUCUGUCAGUCUCCCUUCCAGAUCUCAUCCACUUAACCUUCACUUUGAGGAGCAUUUGUCCAGAUUGAGAGCCUAUGAUGGCACUUCUUCAACAUUGUCCUCAAUUUGUUCUAAGAUAGGUGUUUUGACAGAUUUGUUCAACUGCAUCCAUGAUUUGCUUCUAUUGCCACACAUCCAAAAAAAAACUACAACCCAUGAUUGCCACAAGCAAUUUGUUGAUAAUGCGCUGAAUGGAUCUCUUAGGCUCUUGGAUGUGUGUGGCACUACCAAAGAUGCCUUGGUGCAAACAAAGGAAAGCACACAAGAACUUCAAUCUGUUCUACGGAGAAGGCGUGGCAGUGAACUUGUGCUGGAAAAUGAGAUUGGAGAGCACUUGGCCUCUGGGAAGAAGGUAAGGAAGUCCAUUCAGAUGUCCCUGAGGAAAUUAAAGGGAAUGGAGAAGAAAUGCGCUGUUUCUCCUUUGGACAAAGGCCAUGAUGUUGUGGCAUGGGUUUGCUUGUUUACAGAGUUGGAAGCUGUCACUUUCUCUGUGUUUGAAUCCCUCUUGUCCUAUAUUCCUGGGCAAAGGGUGAGAUCUAGGUCAAGUGGUUGGCCCUUGUUUUCCAAGAUGAUGCACCCAAAGCACACAGAGUGUGAGGAAGAAGCAUCAGAUAUUAGUGAAUUUGAGAAGGUGGAUUCUGAGCUGCGGACUCUGAUUGUUAGUUGCAGGAAGGGAAAAUCUAAGAACGUGCAUGUUGAGAAUGUUCAAAGAAGUUUGGGGAAGCUGGAGUCAAGCAUUCAAGAUCUUGAAGAAGGGAUUGACUGCUUGUCUAGACACUUGAUCAGAGCCAGAGUGGCACUUCUCAACAUCCUAAACUACUAGCUUGACGUAUGGGGAAUGGGUAGCAUCUUAGGCCUUUAAAAAUUUUGUUAAGUUUGGCUGUAUAUAUUGCUGUACAGAGUACAUGGAAGAGAACUACAAGUGUACUUCAUCUUUGAUUCUGAAUCAAUAUAACUUUAUCAACAAACAAAAAGUAUUCUAAUCACCUUGUUUCUAUUAUCCAUGCAUUUAGUC